AUGGCGAUAUGGGCUUUGCGUCUGCUGACCCUCCUGGGGCUCCUGUUUGUGGAGCCAGGGUUUGGACAGAGAGGUGACACAGAGGGCAGCGAGCGGCUGAAAGCGGAGCUGAUAAAGAACUUGGAGGACAAACUGAGGUAUGUGGAAAAACGGCAGAGCGAUGCUGACGCUCUGGAAGCGAGGCUGAACGCGACUGUCGACGAGCUGACGAGACAGAAGGCAGAAGUGGACAGACUGAGCAAAGAGAAUCAAGGCCUGCAAAAGAGACUGAAUGCCACAGAGGAGGAGAUCAAUAAGCUGAAACAGAGCAGCGCUAAAGUUGCCCACCAGAUUGCGUUCUCGGCCUCUUUGGCAGACUCUGGCGAGACUUACAGAGGACCCUGCACUGAGAAGACCCUGGUUUUCAAAAGGGUCUUCUCAAACACCGGCGGUUAUGACCAGAACACAGGAAUCUUCACAGCACCAGUGAACGGCCUCUACUACUUCAGCUUCAGCACCUAUGGCUACAACUCUCACGUCAUGGGCGCCGCUUUGAUGAAAAACGGCAUCCGUCAAAUUUCGACCUAUGACAGCCCUUCAGCUGACGGCUCAGACAGCAGCAGCAACGCUGCCGUUCUGCAGCUGGCUGCUGGUGAUGAGGUGUACAUGGAACUGUGGGACGACGGCAGAGUGUUUGACAACCUGAAUGGACACACAACGUUCAGCGGGUUUCUCGUCUUCCCUGCGUAAAUGAUUCGAAACAAUGCAUUGCAUUGUGCUCUCGCACUCAUGCAAAAUUUAAUGGAAAAAUCUCAAAAAACAAUAAGUUUUCAUUUUUCAAGUGACCUUUAAUGAAAAUAUACACAUG